CAAACUGCCAUCCGGGCGCAGAUGGAUUCUACCGUCAUUUCCCACCUCUUAUCUUUCUGCAGCAUCUGUAAACCUUCACCUUGCGUCGGUACGCUGUCAUGAGUGUAACUUGAUUUGAUGCUCUUGUUGUCGAUGGUCUACUACCACCUUGCCUUUCAGUCUCUCCAUACGUAGUCCCUCGUCACAUUUGAGCUGCAUCACGGGCGCAAUCCGAAUCUCUAUGCUUUCCGUCGUCCCAUUGAGUUGAGCUCUAGGACUUCCGUUCACCAGGAUGUCCUACCAAUCGUUCCUGAGAGCGACUUCCAAUUCCAAUCCCGGUGUCAAGACCCCUUCACCAAAUUCAGUCCACCGGAAGCCUGCCGCAACACCGAGUCCAGCACCUCCAUCUAUAUCGUCGUCUGUACAUACGACUAUAACCCACAAUCACUCUCCAAGCACCGCCUCCAAUGGCCCAUAUACUCCUGUCUCUUCUGCUCCUUCACCAACCUCCACCUCCAGACCGCGGACGCAAUCCGCCGCAGGCGCUCCCACAGCUCAGCCAGCUCAACCACAGCUUACACCUUUGACAAAAGCACAAGUUGAUGCCGGCUUGAAAGCCUGUCUAGAUCUGCAGAAUACCGCCACAAGAUUUCACGAAAAGCGGCCAUUCGCGGCUCUGCUGCUAGCGCCUGACAAUACCACGAUCCUGCUAACGCACUACUCCAUCUCCCACGUCCAACACGCAGAGACCGAGCUUGCGCGGCUGGCAUCUAUACACUUCUCGCAGAGGUACUUGGCUGCGUGCACUCUGGUCUCAACGUGGGAGCCCUGCGCAAUGUGCACGGGCACGUUGUAUUGGAGCAAUAUUGGGCGGCUUGUCUAUGCGGCCAGCGAGGAGAAACUCAAUGAGCUGACUGGCGGGAACAACAAUGAAAACAUGACCAUGUCCCUGCCUUGUCGGAAUGUGCUGAAAGCCGGCCAGAAAGAUGUCGAAGUUAUCGGGCCCGUCAGUGGUUGGGAGGAAAAGGUCGUUGAGGAGAGUGGUAAGUGGUGGAAAGAGCAUCAGUCUACCGAGUCUCAACCGGGAUUGCGAGAAGGCAGUGUCAACGGAAGCGAAAAGCCCAACAGUCUUUCGAGUAUGCGUCAAGCGACGCCGACCACUUGGACAGGCGAAGAGAGCGUCCUGAGCAGGAUCGACGACGAGGGAGAGUAUAAGGCUGACCUCGACAUCGACUGGAUGAGGUAGGAUGGUGGGGCAGGUCGUGCCAGACUCCCUGCGUGAGCUUUGCAGUGACUAUAUCACUCCUAUGGUGGUGGCCAACCAAGUCAAGAGACCUUGAUGCUGGCGGCUACCAGGUGGAUUAUGUAGACUCAUGUACUGCUCAGUGGGUACCUUUGCCAGUGUUCGAGCAUAUCAACUUAUC